UAACUGGGAAAGCGAGGUUUUGUGACUGGUGUUCCUGCAGUGCCGCCGUGGCCGCUGUGGUUCUACCUGUCCUUUUACACUUCUGGCAAAGGAGGCAAAGGUUUGUUUUCCCUCCCUUGAAGGAAGAGGGGAAUUGUCCAGAUCAGGGGACCCUGCGGCAGCGAUCACAAUCGCAGGGGCGCGAUGGUUUGCGGAGGCUUCUCUUGUUCCAAAAAUUGCCUCUGUGCGCUCAACCUGCUUUACACGUUGGUCAGCCUGUUGCUGAUUGGAAUUGCAGCUUGGGGCAUUGGCUUUGGCCUCAUCUCCAGUUUCAGGGUUGUUGGAGUCGCAGUGGCAGUUGGAAUCUUUCUGUUCCUGAUUGCUCUGGUGGGACUGAUUGGAGCCAUCAAACACCACCAGGUCCUGCUUUUCUUUUAUAUGAUUAUACUCUUGCUAGUGUUUGUUAUACAGUUCUCCGUCUCAUGUGCUUGUCUGACAUUGAAUAAAGAACAGCAGAGCAAACUUCUAGAGGUUGGGUGGAACAACACAAACAAUGCAAGGCAGGAUAUUCAGCGGAAUCUAAAAUGUUGUGGCUUCCAUAAUGUCAGUGAUGAUACAUCUUGUUCUGCUGAAUGUUUUGAAACACAGACCUGUAAACCCUGUGCACCUAUAAUUAAGGAAUAUUCUGAAAUGGUCUUAAGAUUUGUAGGAGGCAUUGGUCUCUUCUUUAGUUUCACAGAGAUCUUAGGAGUGUGGCUCACUUACAGAUACCGGAAUCAGAAAGAUCCACGUGCAAAUCCUAGUGCAUUUCUUUGACCUGGAAAUGUUUUCUGGGGCUAAACAUUUUUUCGACUGUGGUUUUAAAAAGCUGAAUUCUCCACUGAUCUGUCUACUCUCCAUGUUAAUUGGGGACAUCUGCUUUUGAGAUAAGAAUACAGACCUAGAACUGCUUUUCAUCCUGUUUUCUAGUGUUCUUUGAAGGAACUAGUCUGAAGUGCUUGCUGUCAAUUGUAUAACUAAAUAGAAUAUGAAUUCUGUAGGAAUGUAGUGACCCAGUAGAAUUAUUCAUGUUAUUCUUCUCUCAAUGGGUUGGUGUUACUUUUAAUUUAAAGAAGGAUUUAUUUGGUCUUAUAAUGUAUUCCAUUUGUCAGAAUUUUUUUCAUUGAUCUAUUUUUUCCUCUUUUUUUGAAAAACUAAUUUAUUGGCUUCAGUGCAUUUCAUUUGAAAUAUGUUAAAGAAAUUGUGCUUUUGUUUCUGAUACUGGUAUUAGUUCAGAAGAAAUCCCCUCAAAUAAUCACUGGACAAUUGAAAACUCAUCAUUUUUAAUGAUUGGGGUUAUACCUUAUCAACUCCUCUCCAUUUUUUGGAUUUGUUUUAAGAUAUACAUGCAAAUUAAUUUCAGUAUUGGCUAUAUAAAUAGUGAUUCUGUUUCAUCCCAAGAACAGAUUAUGUCUAAAUCUCUUGAUUUACCUCAGCUCUAAAAGACAUAAAAUCAUUUGACAGGCAUGGUUGGAUAUUGUCCAACAUUAUGAUUUUCAGAAGGUUAAAUAUCAGGGUUUUUUUGUGCCCAGUAUAUGAUCAUAGUAAGAAAGAAAGAUAAAUUUUCACAGUAUACUAAAAUUAUGCAAGUUGUGUAACUUAAAAUGAUAAAUGGGGAAGCAUAGUGUGUAGUUGGCUUGUCAUGGUAAGACAUUUGAUGCCAGGAGGUUUUUGGGAAGGGGCAAUUUCUUCUUAUCAGUGUAAUACAUUAAGUGUGGUACUGAUAUGGGUCUUACAUUUAACUGUUUGUUCAUUGAUAUCUAAAAUGUCUGACCAUAAAUGUGUACUAGACUUAUAAAUGAUAUCUUUGUAGUUCUUCUCUUUUUUUAAAUAAAACUUUUAAAUAAUUACAUUUAAAAUUCAGUUCUUAUCAUAUAACUUAGCCCUUGUUGAACUGCCAAAGCAUUUGUAGUUUUUUAAAUUAACAUUAUAUAGAUGCAAAUUGUUCAAGCAUAUUAAAUAUAUUAAUUUUAAAAGGAUAAUUGGAGAAAGCCUAUAGAGAGCAGAAAGCUUAAAAGAAAUGUAAGCAGUAAUGACAUGAAUGACAUGAUGAUGGGAAAAACAGAUUGCCAAGAAGAUGCAGUUCUGGAAAUGAAGGAUACUGUUGGAAAACAGUUACUGCUCUUCAAGAGGACUAUUAGACUUGAAUUUCAGAAAUCCAGAUGGCCAUUAGAGAGCAGUCAAGUAUUAAGUUUUGUCUUGUCCUUUUAGAACAAUCUUUGAAUUAUCUGAUUCUUGUAGCCAUAAUAUGAAGUUUUUAUUAUCUCUGGGGAGUUGGAAAUGAAUGAAAUGAAUUGAAAAUAUCUGAAAGCCUACAUAUUGGAAUAGAGUAUCACAAGACUUCAUUGAAAGAUUAAACUUUCCAUGAAGUAGUAUGGACAAAUCAUUGGAACUCAGCUCUAUGGAUGCAGAUCUUAAGCUACAGUUCAAUACCCAUUCAUGAGCUGGGAGUAAGCUUUAUUUCCAUGGAGCUGAUAGUUGAGGAGCAUAAGAAUAUCAAUCCACAAUUUAGCUACUAUGUACUAUAAAGUACAUAUACUUUAAAAUUCAGUAAGAAGACUUUGUUAUGUUUCAUGUUGUUGUUCUUCUGGAAUUUCCUGAAGUCCUGAAGUCCUAAAUACAGUUUGUCCUUGAAUAAGGAAUCACACAAAAAUUAGUUAUAUUUAAAACAUAUCUCCUGUGAUCCUGAUUUUGAUACAAGUUGCUCUUUUAUUCUUCCUGUUCCUUGCCUUUUCUCUUUACAAGUGAUGACAUUCACAUUCUUCUUGAUUGCAGUUCUCUAUCAAAGAGGACUAUGAGUAAGGAUGUUUGUGAUUAUUCACUAGAUUGAUAUGAUUUAUAUGGAUACCCUUUUCAACAUAGUGAGUGUGGGCAGCUGACAGUAUAUAAAAUGUGCCAAGAAUGUAACAAAAAAGCAAAACUUGUAAUUUAAAUAUCUGUAGAUAAGAAAAAACAAAUACAUUUUAAUAUAAUAAUUAAAUGUACAUAAACGGUACAAUCCAACUGAGGCUUCUAAAAGACCAUCUGGAAAAAUAGAAUAAAAUACUUUAUUUGGCCAAGAGUGAUUAGACACACAAAGAAUCUGUCUCUGAUGAGAAACUCUCAGUGUACAUGCAAAGUAACAGAAUCAUCAUCAUAUCACCCUAAUAAAGGAGUGGUAAAUAAGAUAAUAGGGAUAAUAAUAAUACCACUACAGCCUCUGAAGAGAUUUUCUCAGUCUUCCUGAUCCUUGCAAUAUACAGAUUGUCUAUGGAAAGCAGACUAGUUGUAAUUGUAGUUGAAUAAGAGGUGGUAAAAUAGAAAGGCUUCUCCUAAAAUCCAUUCCCAUCUCUAAACAUGUUGAGCUCCAGAUUGUUCUGGUUGCAACAUUAUAUGCAGACGCAUCACUAUCUCAAAUGAGACCAAUGGCUGUUGUAUCUGUAAACUUCAGUACUUUAACAGAUGCAUUCCUAGAAAUGCAGUCAUUAGUAUAGAGAGACGAGGGAAAGAAAAAGAAAAAAACAAAAAACCCCAUACUAACUGAACACAACAGGCUCAACUAACAAAUGCUUGAGGAAAGAAACAUUUCAAAGAUCCUACAGAAAACUAAACAGGUGGGCUAUCUGAAUCAGGGAGCAGCGAGCGAUGUUGUUUCAGAGAUACUAACAUGCAAGAAAAGAUAGGUGACCUGGAUCCCACUAGAUGGCUGCUUUUUCAGUGCUUUCACUGGUACACCAUUGCCAUAUAAUUGAACCAUCUACCUUGUUGCUGUUUCCUAUCACUUUCCACAGCGUAAUAGAUUUCUCCAGAAAGCUAGACCUUAUCAUAUGUCUAAAGUAGGACAAUUUGAACCUGUCUCAAGUGAAAAUUCUGGAUUUAUUUCUUCAGUGAUCAAUUUGCUUAUUUAGCUAUCAUGUUACUUUAAAAUCUUCUGCAAUACCAAGAUUCAAAAGUAUCAGUACUAUUUCUAUUCCUAUAUUGUUGGACCUGAUGAAAUAUUGCCUUCAAAGGUUGUGGGUGUUCCAUCACUGGAAAUUUUAAAAGAGAUUGGACAACAAUUUGAAAUGGUAUAGGUUUUCAUGGUU